ACCCUCCACCGAGAGUGUGAGGUCCACCUUGUGUGGGAAAAUCCUUCACUGUAUCAUUAUCAAACUACUUUGUUUAAUUAAUAAAAAUAUUUUUCUCCAAAAAUUUUAACAGAAGUAUUCUUGAGUUUUAGAGGCUCAGAUAUUCGCAACAGAUUCGCAGAUUACCUUUACGUCAAAUUGAUAGAUGCAGGGAUCACAGUGUUCAGAGAUGAUGAAAACCCCCAUGCCAAAGAAGAGAUCAAGCCAGAGCUAAAAGAGGCAAUCAAGCAGUCAAGGAUCUUGAUAGCCAUCCUCUCCAAAGAUUAUGCUUCAAGUAAAAGUUGCCUCUAUGAGCUGGUACAAAUGUGGGAGUGCAGAAAAUCAUAUGGACAGACUAUUAUCCCUAUUUUCUAUGAUAUUAGUCCCACCGAUGUAAAAGGCCAGGCUGGGGAUUUUGAACGGUACUUCAAUCAACAUGAGAUAGAUGGAGUCGACUCAAAUACUAUCGAAACAUGGAAGGAGGUUCUUCGACAGGUCGGGGGAUUAAGUGGAUAUGAUCGGGAGAACAUAAAUGGAGGGUACAUCUCCCAGCUCAUAAUAGAGGUUGCUGCACGUGUUUCACAGGAGUUGAAGAAGGGUGACAAAAAUAUAACCGAGGUACCAGUUGGAAUUGAUCUUCCUGUUCAAGAAGUGAUGAGAAAGCUUGGUGUUGUCUACAGCGAUGGACAAGCGGUUAAAGUACCUGACAAAGAUGUACGGGUUGUUGGAAUAUGCGGGAUGCUGGGUGUUGGAAAGACUACAUUAGCAAAGGUCGUCUUUAACAAGAUGCAUAUGUGGUUUGAUGCAUGUAGCUUCCUUCAAGGUAUUAGUUCUGAAAGUAUACAGCUUUUACAACACAUGUUGAUUUCUGACCUUCUAGAAAAAGAAACUGCACCACUUAAAUCUUCUGGUGAAGGGAUUGAAAAAAUGGCAAGUCUGUUUGGUAAUAGGAGGGUUCUCAUUGUGCUUGAUGAUGUGCAUGAGGAUGAACAAAUUAAAGCAUUAGCUGGGAAUCUAAAUUGGUUUGGUCCGGGAAGUAGAAUCAUUGUGACAACAGAAAAGAGAAAUGUUUUAAAUGCUUUCAAUGUGGGAGCAGUUGAAGAAUACAAGAUGGAGCCAAUGAGAGAUUACCAUAGUCUUCAACUCUUUCGUAAGCAUGUUUUUCUAGGGCAUGCUUCCCAAGAUGUCUCUGAGUAUGAUUCAUUGUCCAUAGACAUUGUCAGAGCUGUUGGAGGGCUUCCUCUGGCUAUCGUGCAUCAUGCUUCAUAUUUACGCCGCAACAUGAAUAUAGAUACAUGGAGAAGUACCUUGGAAUUUUUGAAAAAACACCCAGAAGAUAGAGUUUAAGCCGCCUUUCAAGUCAGUUAUGUAGGAUGAUCAGAGCUUGGAAACUCUGUGAAGACAAUCCGCUCCCAGCCUCACUUCGAGACUCACAAAUUAACCAAAGCCCGUUUGUUAAUUAUGCAAGCAAACGGAGUAGCUUUUGGCCCAUCGAAGGAGCAUAGCGUGAUCCAACGGAUCCAAUGAGGAUGAAGAAGUCCUUCACUUUUGGAGUUUGAAUGCAUUGCACAAAUCUUGAUGCAAUGCAAGGCUGGAGGUUUGAAUUACAAGUUUCACGUGUUUUAAAUUUCCUAUGACUUUAAUGUUUUCUAGUUACCACUAUAAAGGUGUGGCCCAUUCUUCAUUGGAAGAAUACAGAUUUGAGUUUGAUCAUAUGCUUUCAAUUCA